UGAAUACGAUAAACUGCUGGCCAAAUAUGCCACGGCUGAGAACGUCAUAGAUAAAAUGAAGGUAGGAACCAAUUCUACCGCUGACAUUUGCAUUGAAGAUGUCCCAGGAAACUCCACUGAGGCCGAGCAUGAUGUUGGACCUGAAGGUGCUCACAUUCCAUCACUGGACAAUGUUGUUGAAAAAGUAACAACAGUCCGCCAGGAUGAGAUGACGCCGAAUGAAUCUGAUCAAGAUGGCACGAGUGAAGCUGACAAAAUGGCCGCUGAGCUGAGAGCGCUCAUUAGCGAGUUCAUGCAAACAGUGGAUGAGUUCAAGCGGAAUGUGAGCGACAUGUCGGGUAGCACAGAAGAGCAGCAAACAAUGUUGAGGAGCUUGCUGGAAGCGCAGGACCAACUGGAAAGAAAAUACAUGAGCAAGAAAGAAGAGCACCGCGCCCUGGAAAUGCAGAAUUAUUUAGGCCUGUGCAGAAACAUCGGAACGUUUGACCCGAACAGACUGGUGGAAGGGGAUAUUUUUCGGGUCGGUAUGCACCUGGAGGAUAUUAAGGAGAUGAUUGACAAAAAUAUGCACAAGCGCGUCGUCCCGCCUCUCUUGUCGUCAACUCCCACAACAAGGCACCAAUCAGCGAAGGCCUCACUUCCACCAUCACUGCAUGAGGGGUCGAGUGUAAAUUUGACCACUGAGUGUUUGAGAACGGAGACAAAGACUGAGGCACAAAAGGAGGAUGAGACUGGUAAAAAUGAUCGAUUAGAGGACAGGAGUGAGCCCCUCAGCAAUGACUCAUUGCAAGUCAACAAUCGGCUUUCUGUUUGCCCGGAGGUGUCUGCGGAGGGACCUCUGGAUGCUGAUGCUGAUGCUGAGCAGUUCCGCGGCGAAGAGAAACAAUCUGCCUCGCUGGAGGGAAGAGCUCGUAGCAGUGACCCUUGGAGUGGAAUUAUUGGGAAAUGGAAAUCGGGAAGUGGCAUGCAAGAUGGCGCUGUAAACCGAGAAUGUGACGUUGGUGAUGGGGCCAGUCUGGCUGUGGAGGUCUCCUCUUCCUCUGACGCAUGCUCAUCAUUAGCGCAGGGGGCUGUGUGCAGAGAGACAGACAGUGGAUUUGGGAGCUCCUACUUGAAUCGUUCCGGUGGAAUACCGCAGCUUAAUCCUUCCACGGAAAGAGUGCCCAGUGAUGGACUUGGUACGCCGGAUAGUGAAGGCUCCUCCUUUCAUCUGCUGACAACUGUUCAUCCAAAGGAUGUAAGCAGCCAACGACAGAAGUCGCCGGUCCAAGCACAGCCUGAAGGUUCAGCAGCCACAGUAGAACAAUGGGUGCAGAAUAUCCUUAAAAAGUCGUCUCUCGAGCUGCAGGGUCCUGAUGCAAACAAUCGCUACGCCUCUGAAACUAUCCUGAGCCCUUUGAUGGAUGUAGAGCAGAGACAACGCCAUCUUUGCUCCUGUAAUAGUGAGGCUAUCCUGGCCUUGCAGGUAGAAGUGUCCAGACUGAAGAAAGACCUCGAAAAGGGUCUGGUCCAGUUGCCUCACCUGGCAAGGAAGAUGGAUUACCUGGCCUCCAAAUACAGGCAAGAUCGUCAAGAACGUAGAUCCAAGACCAAAAGCAGAGCCUACCACAAAACAACCAGCUUGUGGAAGUCAACAAGCAGCAGACAAAGUCUGAGGGAUUUCAGCUCGAGUCAGUUAGCACUGGACGACUGGAUUUCAACAGAUAUGGACCCCAGCAGGAGCAAAGAGGCCAUCAUGGAUAACCUUUACUCCAAAAACAGACGGCUUCUUCUCGCACUUCAGCCUACCCAAAGGCCACUGCUUCAACUCAACUAUGGCUCCUCGUGCAGUCUACCUGCCAGUUACAAAGUAAAGGAACCACCAACUCACGUGACCAAUGACCGGAAGCGUUCCACCCAGUCGGACACAGCUCUGCUCCCCAGCGAAGUGUACUUUCAGCCCACUCUGCCCCACGUCUUCCAAACGCCCGGAAGCAGGACAGGAAGCAAGGAGGAGGAAAUGAACAGGACUCUGGACCAAGCCAUUGAGGCCGCUCGCAGCAUGAAGAAGACCACGGACCGCAUGGCCAAGAGACUGACGGCAGACCUGGCCAAAGCUCAACUCCUCCCCAAAGGGGAAUGUGCAGCAUUCAGCGGCGAGGGUGCAAGAAACAUUGCGUGGCUUCACACAAAAAGAGCGUAGGAUCACAAGAGACAGUUUCUUUACCCAGUACGCCAUAUGGACGAAAGCAUUCGGCCUGACGCUUCGGAACUCUAUGGCGUGCCGAGGAACAGGAAAAACAAAUACAAACAGGCAAAAUCGUUCCUUACUAUUUCUUUAUGACGCUCAGAAAAUGUAGCAUUUUAUGCUUUCAAAUAAAGGCAGAGUCACUCAUGA